GCGGAUCUAUCCGAUGAAGAGAUCCUCCUCCAGGAGACAUGGGACAAUUGCUCGCCGGAGGUGGUAGUUGCCGCGAACCAGCCACUGAAGUUCGCCAAGCUCAUGGAGGAUUCUGACGAUUAUCGAGGAACAGGCUCCAAAGGGGCAAGUGGCCAUCUCUACAAGGGACAGAAGCCUGGUUCCAAGGGGAAGUCCUCCACGAAGGAGGAUGAGCAUGCAGCAAGACCUCUUUCAGGUUUGCACGCCAGUGGC